GAGGGGACAGGAAAAGCAGCGCAGUUCGGGGAUUAGAUAAGAAGGGGGGCUCUUCAAUUAAAUUUCGAGCAGUUCGUAUCCUACCAAAUUUACGAAUGCCCCUGAAUGUUUAUAUCCUGUUUCUUUCUCUAUUUUUGUAAGUCUUAACUACUUUUAGGACAAAGGUGCUAUUGUUUUCCCAGAAAAACUAUGGCCGAAUGGAGUCGUACCUUACUCUAUUGACAAGGGACUGACAUUUCAAUCCAAAACCCGUGGAGCUUUCUCUUAUUACAUGAGAAGUACCUGCAUUCGAUUUGUUGAAAGAACAGAUGAAAAAGACUAUAUUAGAAUUUUUCCCGGACAAGGUUUUUUUUCUAGAUGUUAUUCUCACGUGGGAAGGACGGGAGGCCAGCAACCUGUUUCCAUUGGACAAGGUUGCAAUUGGCUAGGCACCAUUAUUCAUGAGCUCGGGCAUGCUUUAGGAUUCUACCAUGAGCAAAAUAGAUCCGACAGAGACGAAUAUUUAAUUAUCUAUUGGGAUAACAUCAAAGAAGGUUUAGAGGAUCAGUUCUUCCUGUUGAAACCUGAACAAAAUCUGCUGCUCACGGACUUUGACUACGACUCCAUUAUGCUGUAUGGAGAAUACACUUUCUCCAAGGAAAAAGGUAUUCUCAAAACCAUGGCUGCCAAAAAGGGCAAUAAGCGUCUUCUAGAGGUAACACAGAAAGGACAAUUGAGUAAAACUGAUAUUGUAAGAAUAAGCAUGUUGUACAAAUGCAAUAAAAAAAGCAAUAAAUUAUAAAUUCAUCAAUUUA